CACAGACAUAAGGCUUUUCAUGCCGCAACUCCACUUGAGACCUACCUAAGAAGGAACGAAUUGGCCAAUCGCGAACUUAUCAAGCGGAUAGAAAUUUUGCCGAGGCUCUGCUCAUUGGCGCUUUACUGCGAGUGUGAAAGUGGCCUGAGACCUGAGGCAGGGUGAGGAUUUGCUGACUCAUCAGAGCGAAUAACCUCAACUGUACAUUAGAGGAUAGCUCUAUUGAAGAGACCAUCACCUUCACACAAGAACCGUCAACGCCAAUACAACUCAUCAUGGCGGGCCACGGGAAUCACCCGAUUGCGUUGGACCCAGCGUUACAGCGAUACAAUCAAAUGUGGAUUAAUCGACACAAGUACUUCAGAUGGACCGGUAGAACUGCAAGAAUCACAUUCGCAUAUGUCGUUGCGUUCCCAGCGUUGAUUGGGUACUUGGCAUACACAACUGAUGGCAAGUGGGAUAUGCGAGGCAAGCGCAGAGGAGACACUAUCGUCGAGUUCUAGAGGUUGGAAUGGUUAGGAGUGGGGCUUGAGUUGUACAUAUACCAAGAGAAUGGAACGGAC